AGUGGGCCGCAGGUCGGGUCGCCGCCUUCGCCCGUCCCGACCUGUGCAGUGCCGGUCGCGGUCGGAGAAUCCGUGCCCCCGGCGCCGGCCGAUGGAUCCCGAGGCGGCGGCGGACGAACUGUCCCGCUUGCGCUCGCUGUUCCUGGCGUGCGACGCCAACGGCUCGGGCCGCAUCGAGCGGGAGGACUUCGCGGCACUGUGCGCCGAGCUGCGGGUGCGGCCGGCCGAGGCCGAGGCCAUCUUCCAGCGCCUCGACAGCGACCGCGACGGGGCCAUCACCUUCCCGGAGUUCGCCCGUGGCUUCCGCGGCGCCACGCGGCGGCAGCCCGGCGGCGGCGAGCCUGCGGGCGAGGAGGGCGAGGGGGAGGAGACGGCCGCGUGGGUCGCCGCGGGGCUGGAACAGCCCUGGAAGGACUUCGAGGUGCGGCUCGGAGAAGAGGCGAGGUACAUCCCCAGACAAGAACAGGUCAGUGUUCUGUAUCAGAACAUACACAUAGCGGAACCAAGAUUAAUCCAGUCAUAUGAGCGUGUAAUUAAGAACUUCAUCCGAGAGAUCAAACUUCAAAGCACAGAGAUGGAAACUUUGGCCAUAGCAGUAAAAAGAGCUCAGGAGAAAGCAGCAGUUCAGCUAAGUGAGCUAGAGGAAGAGAUGGAACAACGGAUACAAGCUGCAGAGCAUAAGGUUAAAAAGGAAGAGAAGCGAAAAGCUGAAGAAGCACUAAAUGAGCUGAAGCGUCAGUAUGAUACUGAAGUUGGGGAUCUUCAGGUGACAAUAAAAAAGCUUAAAAAGCUGGAGGAGCAAUCCAAAAAUGUAAAUCACAAGGAAGAUGUGGGUGAACUGAAAAAAAGAAUGCAUGAUAUGUUCCUGGAAAAUCAGAAACUUAAGAAAGAUCUUUUAGAAGCACAGACAAAUAUAGCUUUUCUACAGAGUGAAUUAGAUAGCUUGAAAAGCGAGUAUGCAGAUCAGUCUUUGAACACUGAGAGAGACCUAGAAAUUAUCCGAGAAUAUACUGAAGACAGAGAUAAUCUGGAAAGACAAAUUGAAAUACUGCAGUCAGCUAAUAGAAAAUUACAUGACAGCAAUGACGGUUUAAGAAGUGCACUUGAAAACAGUUUCAGCAAGUACAACAGAUCAUUGCGGUUAGCAAACACCUCACCAGGAAGUACCAAUUCUAGAAGCAGUCCUAAAUUUAAUGGUGGACAUUCUCCUUUAAAUCCACGGUAUGACAGGUCGUCUCAUUCGUCUUGUGUGGAUGACGAUUUUGAUUCUUUAGCCGUUUGCGAUCCUAUGCAAAGGAUAAACUGUGAAGUUGACAGCUUACCUGAGAGCUGUUUUGACAGUGGUUUGUCUACCCUGAGAGAUUCAAAUGAGUAUGAUUCAGAAGUGGAAUACAGGCAUCAAAGGAUUUUUCAAAGGUCACAGUGUGUGCAAGAAGGCUUUGGUGGUGAUGCUUCUGAUACAGAUGUUCCAGAGAUCAGGGAUGAAGAAGCGUACAGUCCUGACAACAGUACUGCAGUAUUAGAGUGGAAGCCCUCACGACCAGUAAGUCGAAGCAGCUCAAUUGCUUCAACAAGGAAAUACAUAUCUGCUCUCACUCCCCAGAGGGAUUAUUUUUAUUUUCAGUCAGAUGCAACCGAAUGCACUCUAAAAUACCCCAGUUCAGAGAAGGCUUACAAGAUUGUUCUUGCUGGAGAUGCAGCAGUGGGAAAAUCCAGUUUCCUUAUGAGACUUUGCAAGAAUGAAUUUCGAGGCAAUACCAGUGCAACUUUGGGUGUGGAUUUUCAAAUGAAAAGACUAAUUGUUGAUGGAGAACCUACAGUGCUACAACUGUGGGACACAGCAGGGCAGGAGAGAUUCAGAAGUAUUGCUAAAUCAUACUUCAGAAGAGCAGAUGGUGUCUUGCUACUAUAUGAUGUAACAUGUGAAAAAAGCUUUCUUAACGUGAGAGAAUGGAUGGAUAUGAUUGAGGAUGCAACUCAUGAGAAUAUUCCAAUUAUGAUGGUGGGAAACAAGGCAGAUCUCCGUCAAGCUGUUACAGAACAAGGGCAAAAAUGUGUACCUGUAAACUAUGGAGAAAAGUUGGCUAUGACUUAUAAUGCGCUAUUCUGUGAAACAAGUGCUAAAGAUGGAUCUAAUAUUGUAGAAGCAGUUCUUCAUCUUGCUCGUGAAGUGCGAAAACGAAGUGAUAAUCAAGAUGAUACGAGGAGGAAGAAAACAAAAAAUGGAAAAAGAAUGAGUGGACUUUUCAAAGGAUUAUUGAGCAUUAUGGACCAGCUAUUUGGAACUUUGAGCUUUUGCAAUUUCUUCCCCUAGCGCUAAAAAUCUGUUUCCUUCUAUUUGACCAGCGCACAGGUGAUAACAAAGAAACAGGAUCAAAAGUUUUGUCUUCAUUUGACUGUCGAUAGGAAGGUCCAUUUGAGUAGACAUUAAGUAGAUGCUCAGUGGGUAGAUGCAGGAACUUCUUCGUAAAUCAACACAGACGCUUCUACUCACAGUUUCUGUGUAGUAUAAGUUUAGGCUUUCCUUCUUUUUCUUCUAGUUGUGAAGUCCAGAACUCUGGUGCUCUAGAAGGUUUCACUUGUGUAUGGUGAGUCCACCCAUCCUCAGCAGUCUUAAGUGCUGUGUCUGUGGUCAGUAACACCUAAUAUGGUCUGUGCCACUUUCCCACGAGCGGUGUUUGCAGUCCUUAGCUAGAACCCAGUCUCCUGGCCGGAUGUCGUGAACUGCGAAAUCCAAGGGUAGAGUUUGUGCCAGCUGGGCUUCCUGUUGAAGAGAUUUUACAACAGACAGUAUUCUGGCCACAUGCUGCUUUAUGAACAAAUCAAUAAUUUCUAUUCUGCUUUCCUUUUGUAACCCAACCGGAUAAGGGAUUCCAGACAUCAUCUCAGAUGGAGAUAACUUAAGAUUCUCUCGAUGUUUAGCUCUUAUCCUUGCUAAAGCUAUAGGUAAAAGCUGAGUCCAGGGCAUUUUUGUUUCCCUUACUAAUUUUAAAAGAUAUUUCUUUAUCUCUCCAUUCAUACAUUCUACUCAUCCAGAACUUUGAGGGUACCAUGGAAUAUGUAAAGCAAUGUCACAAAGGGCUCAAUGUCAAAUACAUUUUAAGAAAGGCCUCUGCUAGUGCUCAGGAGCCUCAAUGACUCCCUUCAUGAAGUUGUUUUGAUAUUUGUAAGGCCAAUGCCUUCAGUAUCCAUUGUUUACCCUUUUUUGUGAACCAAUUUUCCCCUCUAUUUUCUGCUCCACUGUUUUUAAUUGUUUCCAAGUCUUGUGGUAAGAAGGACAUUCCUUCUGGCAAUAAUUGAGUCACUGGUAGGAGGGGAAAUACUUCAGAUACCUCAAGCAAAAGUGCUUUUUUCCUGGCCUCUUCAUCUGCUAGUCUAUUACCAAUCACUUCUGCAGAAGCAUUUGAUGUCCCAUUUGAUGUUCUUUAACAUGGAUCACUGCUAUGUGUUGAGAUAAAUCCAUGGCUUUCAAUAAUCUCUUUAUCAAAUUCUCAUAUGCUAGUGCCUUGCCUCUACAGGUUAAAAAUCCCCUUUCUUCCUGUAAUUUCGCAAACACAUGUGCAUAUUUGGAAUCCAUAUAGACAUUAACUGCUUUUCCCUGGUGUAUUUCACAAGCUCGUAUCAGAGCAAAUAGUUCAGCUGUUUAUGCUGACUAGAUAUAAGGUAAUCUAUCACAGUCUUUUAACUGUUCUUCUUCAAUUAUAGCAUAUCCAGUAUAACACUUCCCUUCUAUCACCCCUGAGGAUCCAUCAAUAAACAUAUUUUGUCGUCUAGAUAGUGGACCAUUUGUUUGGUCAAUUCUAGCUCAUGUUUGAAGACCUAUUACCUGAAUGCAAUCAUCAACUAUUUCAGGGUUUUGUUCAUCUCUGUUUAAACAAGAAGCUGGACUGAAACUUUUUCUACCUUUGAUUUCUAAAUCAUCUUACUCCGUUAGACAAGUUUCAUACUAUAACAAUUGUGCAUUAGUCAUCCAUUUAGAACCUUUUUCUGUUAAUAAUGCUUUAACUUGGUGUGGGACUCUUAACUACUAAAUGUCCUCCAUUAGUUAGCUUUCUAGCCACAAGCACCAUCUGAGCAGUGGCUGCAUGACUUUGAAGGCAAUGUGGCCAUCCCGUAACUACUGUGUCAUAAUUUAGAGAAAUUGGCCACUGGCCUAUGAGAGCCACCAUGAUCUUAUAUUAACACUCCUUUUGCAUGUCCCUGGUUAACAUCUACAUAUAAUGCAAAUUCUUUGUUCAGAUCUGGAAGAGCUAGGGCAGGAGCUUGAAUUAAUUUACUCUUUAGUUACUGAAAACUCCUUUUCCCUUCAGGUAUCCAAAUAAUUACUUCUGGAUUUUCUCGAGUCAACAAAUCAUACAAUGGUCUGGCUAUUAUUGAAAAAUCUUCUGUCCAAGUCCUACAAAAUCCCACUAAUCCUAAAAAUUCUUUCUUCAUUUUUGGAAGAGGAGUUUCCAAGAUUCCUUUCACCCUUUCUGGACCUACACAUUGUGAUCCGUGCAUUAUAAUAUGUCCUAAAUACUUAACUUCUGUCUCUACCAUUUGAUCUUUCUUUUCAGAAAUUCUUAGUCCUUUUUCAGCUAGAAAGUUAAGCAGUUUCACAGUAGUAUCUUCUACUUGUAAAAUUAUCUACAUACUGCAAUAACCUUACUUGUGGAGGUAAUGAGAAUUCAUUUAAAAGAUUUUUUAAAGCUUGUCCAAAUAAAACCGGUGAUUCAGUAUAUCUUUGUGGCAGUGCGGUCCAAUUAAGUUGCUGUUUAAUUACUUUCCCUCCUUCUUCUUGUUCCCACUCAAAGGUAAAGUAUGGCUUACUAUUGUCUGUAAUUGGACAACCAAAAUGCAUCCUAACGCAGAAUAAUAACAGUGAGAAGAGGGAAUUUGAUUGAGAAAAGUAUGAGGAUCAGGAACUGUAGGGUGUCUAGACUUAUCUAUUUCAUUAAUUUUUCUUAAAUCUUGACCCAUUCGGUAACUUCCAUCUGGUUUCCUCACUGGUAAAAUUGGGGUGUUACAAGGAGACAUACAUGGUUCUAACAAGCUAGCUUGUAAUAACGGUUGGAUUAUAGGUUUUAACCUUUCUCUUCCUUCCAUUGAAUGAGGUACUGCUUCUGGGAUACAAUCUGAUCCUGAUGCCUUAAAGUAAUCUGUUCUAUAUUUAAUUUUCCAUAUUUCCCAGAUACUGCCUACAUAGUGGGAAUUACUUUUUCAUAAACCCCUGAUGAUAGCUUAUGGAGUGUAAUGAUUGUAUUUGCUUCAGUUUUAUCCUUCAGAAUAUUAAUUUGCAUAUCCACUUCACUUUUGCCAUCAAAUCUCUCCCCAGCAGAUUACAAUCACAGUUUGGAACAAAAAGGUCAUGCAUUUCAAAUUUAUUUUCUAUGUCAGCUGGUAUAGGUUCCAGUGUAUGUACUUUCUCAUCCUUCCCACUUACCUGUUGAAUAGUUAAACUUCCUUUUGAUAACCAGCCUCCUUUUGGCAUAAAAUUCAGUGUAGAUCUAGAAGCCCCAGUAUCCACUAAAAAUUGCACUACCUCUCAAUCAGGGCCCAGUAGGCAGUUUAUCAAGGGUUCCAUGGUGGUGGGCUCAUAAUAUGAAGGGAACCUGUGACACCCCUAGCAAUCCAUUUCUAUUAAAUGGUGGAUCUCCUUCUCUUCUUGAUCUGUCUGCUUGUGUGGACAUUCUUUUUUUCCAAUGUCCCUCUUUCUUACAGAUUGCACUUUGGUUUCUCCCUAACUUAGGUCGUACUUGAGCUUGAUUAGGGGAGUGAGGGGUAUUGUGAAAGGAUCUGGGGGUCCAGUCUCUCCCUCUUGCUUCCCCUUGUCCUCUCUUUCCUCCUCAUUUAGGUUGAAGAAUCUGGGCCAUUACCUUAGCCUUUGUUUUGGCUUUCUCCUUGUCCUUUAUUACAUAAACUUGUGCUUUUCAUAUUAGAUUUUCUAAAGAUUUAUUCUGCUACUCCUCUUUGAACCCUUCACCUUAUAUCAGGCUGUGAUUGAGUGACACAUUGUACCUUCAAUGAAGUUUCAAAUGCAGGGCUUUCAGGGUCUAACCCUCCCUGUUUUCUCAAGGCAUCCCUAAGCCUUUCUAACCACUGGGUGGGGCUCUCAUCUUUCUCUUGUUGUAGAGACAUAGCUUUAGACACAUUACUCGUUUGUGGCACUGCUGUUUUUGUUGCUCUAAUUAAAUAUUUGUGAUAAUCUCUUAGAUGACCUGACUGCACCUGGCUGUUUGGGUCCCAGUUGGAGUCGGCUUGUGGAAUAGCAUUGUCCACAACAAGGCCAUUCUGUCCUACUACACCCACAGCUUGUGGGUGCUCAUCUUCCCAGGUUUGCUGUGCCUUUUGUAAAACCAUUCACUUUUCCUGAAAUCCAAAAAAGAUUCCUAGGGAGAAAUCUCAGUCUUUCCAAGUGUAAUCUGCAUACCCUAAAUAUUCAUCUUUUCUCUCUCCUACUCCUGUGGGAUCCUCCAAAUGAAAUGAAAGCCUUCUCUUCAAUCCUGAGUUGCUAGUGGCACUAUUACAAACCUAAAACCUCCUCCUUGGCCUCCUAAUGGGACCCGUCUCAGUGGCAUUUGCAAAACUCUUUCUCCAACAGCAUACUGUGUUCCUGCUCUUGUCUUUGGGGGAGACAGGAUUGAAUUGCUUCCCACCUCCCCUUCCCGCAGCAUCUGCAAACCCCCCUCUUUGACAGGAAACCAAAUUCCCACCCUUGCCUUUGAAGCAGGCAGGGUCGAGUUACUUCUCUCCUCCUACUUCCUGUCACCCUCCAUCCUUAGGGCACUGAGAAUUCCCCGUUCCCUUUCCUGUGAACGACUUCGUGGUUCUGACUGUCUCCUUGAUAAGGUGGAAGCAAUACUUGCAACACAUCCCACUUUAAAUUUUUUUCCUUCUCUCUCUCACCUUCUCCCCAAUUUUCUUUUUCUCUGAAAGGACACAACUUCACAAAAGAAGUCUCUUUUGACUACAUGUCACCACAACUCCUCUCAGUUGUUUCCAUCCCAUUGUCAUCCAGAAAGACACACAGGGUCUGAAUAAGAUCGUCAUCAUGAGACCCAAAAUGCGGCCACCUAAACCCACGAGGUAGUGAGUACUUUGGCCAGUGAAAACAACAGUAUUUUACCAUUAAUUCCUUAGUCACCCCUUCUGGUGAAUUUAUACUGUCCCAAAAUGCCAGCAUUUUACCCAAGGGACUGUGUGGGAGUAUACAAGGGUCGUCGCCCUUUCUGCCAGAUCCCUUACCUGGCUUUUUACUGUCUCUAGGCCCUCUCUUUUUACUUCCCUCAGUUCCCGUUACUCAUUGGGUGAGAUGUCUCAGUCUUUUCCCUGACUCCUUUCCAAGUCAAAACAAAUGUUCCUUUAUCCUAUUGUCCUCUCUCGUCUGUCUCUGGAUAGCCUUGGGAACCCAAUCACCCGUCUCAUUUUAGCCUCUAGUGAAAGCAACUGAUCACCAAAACUGUUGAUGCAGCGUCUUCAGCUCCAUUCAUGAGCCCCUGCCCUUGGAGGGUGGAGUCAAUCCUGGACAAGAGCCCCCAUUUAUUCUGAAAAAUCCAGGUACUAAGACCCUCAAAGAUAGCCAAGAGACAGAGGAGCUAACUAAAACUUGUAUUUGAAUAAAAGGGAGAGUUCCUUGGACAAUCCCCCAGCGAGGUUUCUCAACUUGAUAGAGGUCACAGCCUUUUAAUAUAAGCUGUUACUUACAUUCCAAAAUAUUUCUCCUUCAGUGUUGUUACCUCUUGUUAACUCUAGGGCUUAAACUGAGGCUCACUGUUCUUUGUGUCUGUCCUGAGCUACUGUGUUUGACUAGCUCUGUGGUGUUGGCCUGCAGUAAAUGAGAUGAAAUACACUUUCCUCAACCUUGUUGACAUACCUACAUGAGCAAAGCAUUUUGGUUGAAUACAGAGAAUCACAUCAAGUUGUUUGCAGAAAGAAUUUUUGGAAUUGGUUUUGUACAACGUCCCAAGCAGAGAUGGACUUUUACCAGCCCUAGAUCAGGUUAACUGUAGGUUUGGCUAUCUAGGCUCUGAAAAUCUCCCAGGACAGAGAUACUGUCACUGUUCUGGGCAACCUGUUCCCAUGGUUGCUCUCCCCUUCUGGAUGAACAUUUCUCUCCAUGUCCAACCUCAGUUUCCCAAGUGGCUACAAAUUAGUAGCAGUUUCCCCUCAUUAUAUUGUCUCCUACUAAGAAGAGUUUAACUGCAAUCUUGAUGACUCACCCUUUUGGUAUCUGUAGAUCACCCUUAUUGUUCUCUUGACUAGUGUAAGAACAUCAGGACAACCUCUUGCAACCUCUUGCAAAUGUGAGUUCCACAUCCUAGAAUUAGCAGCAUAUGUGCAUGUGUAGUAAUUGCUUUCAUAUCUAAUAUUUUUAUCAUACUGAGAGUGCCAUGUUAAUGUCCAUGCCUGUAGAGAGGCUUUUUGAAGGAUGUGAAUUCAGGGACCUGCCUUCACACCCGUUUUUCUGUCUCUGCAGGAUUAGGCCAUUGAUAUUUUGGGUACUUUUUUUUUCAUGUAUUUUAAUGACCAAAAUCUAUCUUGUGUUAUUUAGCCAAAUUAUAUAACCUGAGUUCCUUUUUUAAGCUCUGUAAUGUUUUUGUAAAGCAACUUUAAUUUGAAACAGUGUUGUUUUUUAAAUAAGAUUCAGGGUUGAAAACUGUUAACUAUAACAAAGUUUUACCUUGAAUUAAAUCAAUGUUUAGAAGACUUAGGAGGCACUACCAAAUGGGGAUAUAGCUAUAGCUCAGUUGGAACUGGUUUUGGAAAUCCCGUGAUGAUCAGCUCCAUCAUGUCUUUAGUGUUCACAUAAUAACACAUUGAAUUCAUGUUAAAGCAAAAAAACUUGGAAACAUAUUUAAAUUUAGAAAUUAAAGCACAUAUUUAUACAAUGCACAAAUUUUUGCGUUGUUUUGCUUUGAAGGGCUACCUUGCCUUCAGCCUGAGCGUAAAAUGGCAUACAUCAGCUUUAGGCUCUGACAUGAUUGCACUAUUGUCCUUUGAAUGUUUUUAUGGUUUUGUUCAGUACGGAAGAACUGUUAAUUUAAUUGCACAAAGUUAUUUUUUCAGUUAGUGGCUGUGCUCCCUUAGUACAUGUAUUUAUUUGAAAAGGAAAGGUUUUUCAUAUUUGUCCUCAUAAUCUGUAACUAAAUUAUUUCUAUUCAGUUCAUGUGGAAGCAUUGUUUUAUAUUGGGUUUUUUGACCCUUUUUAAUUGUAAUGUAGUACACAUUUCUUAGGCAAUCAUUUCUGUGAGACACUCAUAAAAAUGUUUUGAUCACAUAAGUUCUUGUAACCACUUUGUGCCUGUUGAGCAUAUAUUUGUCUUGAUAAGACAAGCUGCAGCUUCUUACUACAGUUAUGGCCUUAUAUGCCUUAAGUAUUUUUCUGUGUAAGUAACUACUUUUGUAUUGACUACAAAAUCCUCUAUAAUUUUAGGGAAAAAUUACUGUUAUAAAUCUCUAUGGCAUGUUAAAAUGUACUUCAAGGAAAAUAUCUAUGGGCCACUCCUGCAAGGACCGUCAUGUAGAUGUGCCUACAUGUAGAUCCCCAAAUGUGCAUACAUGUAGAUCCCCAAAUAAAGUAAUAGGUUCUGUGCUAGUGCAAGCAAUCCAUAUAUAGAUCCUUUAAAGUGGUUUUCUUUUUUUCCUCAAUCCACUGCUCUACAGCAGUGCUAGGCAAUGUUUUAGGGAAAAACGCUACAGUUAAAGAUCCCUAAUUCUUAAACCAAAGGGACAAAUAUAUUCAUAUAGUCAAGGCACUUCAUUGUGUUUAAAAGAAACAUAUUUCCAAGAUGUUUCUGGCUGUUUUAGAUAAUUAUAAAAAUGAAUCAAUAUUUCAAGUACAGUUCAAAUGCCCUUUUACCACUACCUCUGAUAGACUUGAUAUGGCGUGUAAUGCUAUCCCUCUGACCCUGUCUGGGCUACUUAUGUGUUAGAGAAGCUUUUUACAGCGUCGGCUAUUUUAUUACUUCUCUUCCACUAUAUUACUGUGAGUCCUAAUCCUUUCUUAUUGAUAUCCUUAGGACUGGUAAUAUCUAUAUUCACCGUUAUUAAUUUUUUGAGAGAAGUUGAUAUGUGAAAUGUAUAUGUGAAUGUGUUACUGAGUUUGUACCAAGAGGAGGUCCUUUUUCUACAGUUUAUACUCCUUCAGUUAUGGCUCCAGAUAGCUGGACUGAUAGGAAAUUAGUCAUUAAGUGUCUGAGUAACAAACAAAACCAAUUUGUGAAGGUUUCCCACUGACCAUGAAGUAUGCAAAAUAAAAGUGUGUUUUCAUACUAGUAUGAGGAAGAAAUUGUGCCCAUUGCAUGAUCAUCUUUUAA